AUGGAUGUCAACGGUAUCAAGCACUGGAAGCCCGUUGAUAGAGACUUCGGCGCCGAAGAGUGUCGUAAAGUUUGUAAAUUGCAAAGCGACAAGUCCGACACACAGAUGCCAAACACGGCAUGUAUGAAGUUUGGGGAACCUACAUGGAUUGAUUAUGGCAACGAAGGAAUCGCGAAGCAGAUAGCGGCUGCAAACUGCUUGUGCAAUGACCCGAUCCUGGCCAAGGUUGCCAACAAGUUCGUCACUCAGAUAGUGCCAGCAAUAGCAGAGGUCGCAUGCAAAACUUGGUUUACUGCAAUACAGCUGGUAGCCGUAACUGGUCUCGAAGCAAUUCCAGGAGUUGGCACUGCACUUGCCGCUUCUUUUGGUGUGGCAUACCAGGCGGCUCAGGUAGCAGCCUAUACCUUUGAUACAGAUGAAGGUGCUGCCGAUGGGCUUAGGACCUGGCUCGAAAGCCCAGCAGGGGCUGCAAUGAAUAGCUCCACAUGGGGUAUGGACAAAGUGUGCGGCGAUAAGUACACUCCACAAGAAGGCCAAGCCGUCUUCAGUGCAUUCAGCAUGGUGUCCGGUGCCAUUGGUCCGGCCGGUCUGUGGGCAAAGGCUGCGAGAGCAUUUCCACCACCCUGGCCUAAAGGUAAGGGCUCGAUUGAGGACAUGCUUGAAUUCAUGGGAGACCUCGGCGGUGGCAAGAAGAAGCCAAGUGGUAGUAAACCUGGUGUUACCAACACCCACGAUGCCAAUCCCAAGCCGACGGGCAAGUCAUCUGAAAAACCAACGGACAGAAAUACGAGCAAGCUGUCCUCGAGCCCAACUGCCAAAUCAACACCUACGAGCUCCGCGUCCGCGUGUACCAAGAACGGAAAAAGAGCUCCGGGGAGCGGCAAGAAAGAUGAUUGUGACAAGCCCACGGUAACAGUUGUCGAGAAAUCUGUCUCAGUCACGACGGUCAUCACAAAAACUUGUGGCUUUGCUUCUCAUACCCAAGCCUGCGCUCACUACUACUCUGCCUGGAAAAACGGCGGCAAAAAUCAGCUUUCCUGCGGAGACGKGAAUAUGAGAGUCGACGCAACAGCUACGGACGAUUACUACAAUCAGCAUAACGUUGAUGUCUGGAAAGAUUACAUAGCAGAGGAGUACGUGUUCAAGAAAGACACGCCCACUGCGAAGAAGGGAGAGAAAUUGCGAUGCGAAGCCGACGAAUGGCCUCCCGCAUACUUCAUACCUGAAGGUAAAUUGAAUGAUCCAGAAUGGGGUCAAAGGAUUCGGUGGAUACCGAGCGGGGAGAACGGGGGCGCAGGAAGCUUGUGGAGAUCAUUCUGCAGCAAAUACGACGGCGGGAAGAACAACCACCAGCGGAAUCCAGCUCGUAAGAUGGGCGAGAACGGAAAGGACUGGGAGCUGAGUGAUGCGGAAUAUAGCCAGAAGCCGCUCAAUGCAGACCUGGUCGACAUGAAGGGAUUGAAACCAAGAGUGGACGACAAAGGUGCCACGGUAACCCACCAUUACGACAAGGUCACAUAUACCCGCGCGGUAUUCGAGCUCGCCUUUAAGAAUCCAAAGGACAACGAGUAUCCGUCGAAGGAGAACGACUGGUAUCUGCAACGGAAUCCCUGCUGGCCCAAAAACAUUCUUCCCGAAGAUCCUGGAUUCGCUCUUCUCACGAGCGAUCCGUGGUACAAUGAUCAUAAGGAUAACAAGAAGAAUUUUGGAAUGUACGCCGGAAGCCCCACAAAGGCGAUGAUCGAUGCAGCCAAUGCACGCGGGGGCAAGAGGCCUGCUCCUGACUCGGACAGUGACGACGAUGGACCUCGCCCGCCCAAAGCUCAGAAGCCCAAUGAUCCUCCGAGCGGUAGUCAGAGACUUCGCCGACGCGAGCGACUAGAGUUGAUUCACAACCGGGUCGUCGUCCGAGAUGACGCGUUCAACAUCACACGCCCACUCACGCACGAGGAGAUUGCUCAAGACGUGGUCAUCACCGACUGCGCAGAUCGGUUCUGCYCCAGUGAUCGAAAGGAGUACGGUGACGACGGCAGCGUCUAUGUUUCGGGUGCGGGCUCCACGCCCAUCUACUAA